AUGACUCCUCAUGACUCUCCAAAAUUCAAUAAAAGAUCAUCAGAAAAUUUAUUUACCGCUGAUCAAUUUCUACAACCACCACAAAAGAGACACUCCAUAGAUUCCUCUCUUUCGAGGUCUAAUUCUGCUCCACAACAAUCAUCCUCUAUCAAGACUCAUGCUUUGACUAGAUCUACCUCUCCAAUUAGACUCUCUAGAAGACAUCCUUAUCAGUAUACUGGUCAUAACAUCUCGGCUAAUUCUACAACAUGUCAUACCCCAAUUAAAAAUAAUAGUCGUACCAGUUUUGACUUGCCUGUUUUACAAGUACAUACAAAACAUACUUCCAUCGAUAAUGGUUUACCAUCUCCAAUUCCAAGUCCUCAAAAACAGGUUUAUCAACAGUACGAUAAAUUAGCUGUUAAACAAACUUUUGUAAAUAAUUUCGCUCAUUUGAGUUUACUGCCAUCAAGAAAUGGUGAAUGUCAUCCAAUCUUUAAUAUCCCAGAAAUUGCUGAACUUAUUAUUAAAAACUUAUAUUUAAUAGAAGUUCAACAAGUAAACGAUACUGAAAGAGUUUCUUCUUCGAACAGAAUUGUGUCAACAUCAUCGACAGUUUCUACCGGCUCUGUCACACCUGUAAUGAAACGAGGUAGUCUUCAUAAUUGUGCUAAAGUUAACAAACUAUGGCACGAUAUUUCUAUGAAAUAUUUAUUAAGAAAUUUAUCAUUCAGGGAUCCAAACAAAUUAAUCAAUUUUAUGUUUAAUUCCAACAAUUUAUAUGGUUCUAACAAGAACCAAAAAAAUUAUCCACGAUCGCUUACACUGUAUAAAUUAAACCAUUUCAAAACUGAAGACUUACAAUUGGGGUUUAAUUCAAUAACAAAAAAUAAUAAUACUAAUAUUCAUUUCAAUGAUUUACAAAAUCUUCAAUUUUAUAUUUGUCCCAAUUUAUUGCCAGUCGAUUCUUGGUUUAAAGAAUUUAGAAACUUAAAGAGAUUAUCGCUUCCAGGUAAUAGAAAAAUAGAUGAUAAAUUCAUGAUUGAAAUAUCAUUACACCUUGUAAAUUUAGAACAGUUAGAUCUAAGAGCUUGUUACAAUAUUACUGACGUGGGUGUGGUGUCUAUAGCAUCUCGUUGUAAAAAUUUAAAAAUGAUCAAUUUAGGAAGACAUAAGAAUGGUCAUUCAAUUACAGAUGUUUCUUUGGUUGCCUUGAGUAAAUAUACUAAUGUUGAGACUGUUGGUAUUGCAGGUUGCCAUGUUACAGAUAGUGGUCUUUGGGAAUUUGCCAAGAAUAACGGGAAUAACGUUAAGAGAUUAUCUUUGAAUAAUUGCAAAAAAAUAACUAAUAUGUCCAUUCCUUAUUUAGUCAGUUAUAAUUAUUUUCCAGAAUUAGUUGUCCUAGAGAUUAGAGAUUUAGAUAAUUUAUCAAAUUUGAAACCUUUAAUCAAAUACAAACUAUGGAAACGAGCUCAAAACAAACCAGUACUAAUUGAAAGUUGUAAUAGAAUUUCCCAGCUACUUAAAUUUGAAGAAGAAAAGAUGAAGAAAAAAAGAGCAAUAGCAUCGUUACGUGAAAUGCAACAAUGGAUAAACGAAGAUGAAGAAGACAAAUAA